CAACACAGCGUAACAGAGUACAGCGUCAGUCUGGUUAGGGAGCAACGACAAAGUGCUGGUUCACCUCGUUGUCAGUCCACCAGGCUCAGCUCGUGUCUCCGAGCCGAGGCUACCGGACUCUGGUAACACUUGUUCAGUUUAACAUCAGCUGUUCGGUGCUGUUAGCGAGCUAACGAGGCAUUAGCAGGUGAUGAGCUGGGGCCUGUCUCUUCUGAAUGCACAGCUAAGGUUACCAAACGGGCACACUGCGUGAACCGCACCGGGAGUUUCGUUAUAUUUCCUGCGACCUCUUCCGUGCCACCUAACAGAACGAAACCGUUCCGGUGUUUCGAGAACCGAGACUUUAUUUCAGUUCCCUGCGAGUACAAACUAGCUCGGUAGCUAACCCUCGUUUAGCCGGCCGUGAGUCGUCCCUUCCUCCGGGCUGUCUGUGUGCGAUGGGGCUGCUGUCACAAGGAUCUCCGCUGACCUGGGAGGAAACCAGGAAAUGUGCAGACCACAUCAGAAAGCACGGCAUCAUUCAGUUCCUCAACAUCUACCACAAGGUCAAAGAACGUCAGAAAGACGUGCUAAAAUGGGGAGAUGAGGUUGAGUACAUGUUGGUGGAACUGGAUGACAAAGAUAAAAAGGUGCGACUGGUGCUGAAUGGAAAUGCUGUUUUGGAAACUCUUCAAGAGCAGGGUGAAAAUAUAAACCCCAAUCACCCCACACUUUGGAGACCAGAGUACAGCAAAUACAUGAUCGAGGGAACUCCAGGCCAGCCGUACGGAGGGACGAUGUCGGAGUUCAACACGGUAGAGGGCAACAUGAGGAAGAGGCGCCUGGAGGCAUCGUCUGUCCUCAGUCAGAACCAAACCCUCUGCACAAUCACCUCCUUUCCAAGAUUAGGUUGUCCAGGUUUUACCAAGCCAGAGUACCGACCCACUCCGGUUGAAAAGGGAGUUUCUAAGUCGCUGUUUUUUCCAGAUGAAGCUAUUAACGGACAUCCAAGAUUCAGCACUCUGACAAGAAACAUUCGCCAUCGAAGGGGAGAGAAAGUUGUAAUAAAUGUGCCCAUCUUCAAAGACCAGCGCACCCCGGCUCCGUUUGUGGAGGAGUUUCCUGAGGACGACGGUGAAGCGGCGCGGGCAGCUCUGCCUGACCACAUCUACAUGGACUGCAUGGGCUUUGGCAUGGGCAACUGCUGCCUGCAGGUGACAUUCCAGGCUUGCAGCAUUGAUGAGGCAAGGUAUCUUUAUGACCAACUAGCAACAUUCUGCCCCAUCGUGAUGGCGUUGAGUGCGGCCUCUCCGUUCUACAGAGGCUAUGUGUCAGACAUUGAUUGUCGCUGGGGGGUUAUUUCUGCCUCGGUGGAUGACAGGACUCCAGAGGAACGUGGGCUAAAGCCUUUGAAAAACAACAAAUACAGGAUUUUCAAGUCCAGAUAUGACUCGAUUGACAGCUAUCUGUCCUGCUGUGGUGAGAAGUACAACGACAUUAACUUGAUAAUAGACGAGGAAAUCAACAAGCAGCUUCUCGAUGCAGGGAUUGACAAACUGCUGGCUCAGCACAUAGCUCACCUCUUCAUACGAGACCCGCUCUCUGUGUUUGAGGAGAAAAUCCACUUAGACGACGAAAACGAGUCUGAUCACUUUGAGAACCUUCAGUCGACAAAUUGGCAGUCGAUGCGGUUUAAACCCCCACCUCCGAACUCUGACAUCGGCUGGAGGGUUGAAUUUCGCCCCAUGGAGGUGCAGUUAACAGACUUUGAGAAUGCUGCAUAUGUGGUCUUUGUCGUCCUGCUCACCAGAGUCAUCCUGUCCUACAAACUGGACUUCUUAAUCCCCUUGUCAAAGGUUGAUGAAAACAUGAAGGUGGCACAGAAAAGAAACGCUGUCCUGGAGGGAAUGUUUUACUUCAGAAAAGACAUCUUUAAAGGCUGCAACCCGGUCUUUGAUGGUGCUGCUUCUGCUCAGAACGGCUUGGAAACCGACUGUGGAAACGAGGAGUACAUGCUGAUGAGCAUUGACACAAUCAUCAAUGGAAAGGAAGGAGUAUUUCAGGGGCUAAUCCCAAUUCUGAACUGCUACCUGGAAAACAUGGAAGUAGACGUCGACACCAGAUGCACUAUUUUGAAUUAUCUAAAACUCAUCAAGAAACGUGCUUCAGGUGAGAUGAUGACCAUGGCCAAAUGGAUGAGGGAGUUUGUCGCGAAGCACCCAGAAUACAAACAGGACAGCGUCAUCACCGACAAGAUCAACUACGACCUGUUUGAAAAGUGCGACAGGAUCGCAAAAGGCGAGGAGCAGUGCCCCGAGCUUUUUGGACACCCGGUUAAUCGGGUAAAGUGAUAAAUGCUGCACCGUUUAUUUCCAAACACGCAUGUUGAGCCACUUUUCCGCCGGUCGUGAGAGCGUCACGAACGGCCAUGGCGUUAUAGUGGACGGGUUUCUUUCCACCAGCAGCAAAGUGUGAUAUUUUGGCGUCCAAGAAGCAAAGAGAUAACUUUUACACUUCUUAAACACGUCAGCAUCUGCAUUUUAGAUCGAGCCAGACAGGAUGUUGAAUACAAAAGCAACAUCUUUAAAGGUACUUGAAACAUCUGAACUUUCAAAAUAAAAGUAAUGCUCAAAUAAACGUACUUCAUUUCCGGUAAAAAUCCCUCUUAACCAAUGUAAACGAAACAAAAUAAGCCACCGACCUUUUUGGAUGCAUGUAGCCGUCUUUUUGCUUAUAAAUUCCAAAAUCACACAUCUGGCAAUUCUCCCGUGAUCAUGUGACCUUACGAGAUUGGCUGUGUGGGACGCUUUUGCUUCCGUUUUUUGCGUCAGAAUCGCUUCCGGUUGGAAGGGAGCCCCCCGGUAAAACGCCUUCGUGUCGUUACACACCACUUUCAAGUCAGGUGGAAAAGAGGCUUAAGACAACGACCAAAUGAAAGAAGUCCAAUCGUAAGAGAGCUUAGCAGCAUGUCUGUGUGUAUUGUGAAGAAAUACACUUGCAUCAAAUACAUGUAUAUACACUGUAUGAGAUUUUUAUGAUUACAGAAUUAUUUUAAUAGGCUGAAAAGAGGGUGUGUAAUACAAAAAUCAGAUGUGUAUUUUUGUCUGAAAAUUAAACGUGUGUGUGAACCUGUAAAUGUAGCAGUUGUACAGUAGGCUGAUUUUAAUCUUUUAUUCUGUAAGUGUUCUAUUAACAAUAAUUUCACUUUCUUUUGCUAAGAAGAACUUUAAAACUGAAGAAAUUCCUUUUGUUUUUGUCAUUAAGACAUGUUUGCUUUGCUGCUGAUUUAGUAGUGGGACCUGAUCUUGUUGCAUUCAGUUGGAAAUUGUCAACCAAUGUUUGCCAUGUGAAAAUAAACCUGUACACCAGUC